AUGGAGAAACACACCCAAGACGAAACCUACCUCGUCCCCCAAACCACUGCUGGUGCCACUGGCAAACGGGACUUGCGUUUUUGGGGCGUUAUUGCCGCCAUAAUGGUCUCAGCAUUCACGUCUGCUCUUGACUUGACCUCCGUGUCGACAGCUCUUCCUGUGAUCACCCGCGAGCUCCAUGGGACUCAGUUCGUAUGGGUAGGAUCUGCAUAUGCCCUUUCUUCGACUGCGUUCCUUCCAAUGAGUGGCGGCGUCGCUGAGGUCUUUGGACGACGCAUUGUUAUGAUUGCGGCUCUCUUCUUCUUUGCGCUUGGUAGCGUCCUGUGCGGCGCCGCCCCCAGUAUGAACUUUCUCAUUGUCGGAAGAACGAUUCAGGGUCUCGGAGCUGGGGGCCUAACCUCUUUGACCCAAAUUGUCCUUUCUGACCUUGUCUCGCUCAAGGAUCGUGGGCUUUUCAGUGGUUUACUGGGUCUCGCAUGGGCCAUAGCCUCCUUCAUUGGGCCGGUCAUUGGCGGGGUCCUAGCUGAUCAUGGUGCAUGGCGCUGGCUCUUUUAUCUCAAUAUAUUCACGUCCGUCUUCGCUGCGGUCUUGGUUUUCCUGUUCCUUCGCCUGCGGACCCCAACGGGAACGGUGAAAGAAAAGCUGAUGCGUAUUGAUUGGAUCGGCAAUCUGCUGGUAAUCUCAGCCUCCAGUGCAGUCAUCAUCGCCCUCACUUGGGGCGGAAUCCAAUACCCUUGGUCAUCUCCGCGAGUCCUCACUCCAUUGAUCCUUGGCACAAUUGGCUUGAUUGGCUUCUUCGUUUAUGAAGCCAAUGUUGCGGUGAACCCCAUCGUGCCAUUUUCCCUCAUGUCAACGCUCACUGGCUUAAGCGGAUAUCUUCAAACCUUUGUGGCUUCGAUUGUGAUGAUAGCAACGAUUUACUAUCUCCCAGUCUAUUUCCAGGCUUGCCAUGGCUCGUCUCCCACUGCUUCCGGUGUCGACACAUUUGGCCUUGGUUUCGUUAUUGCGCCGAGCAACAUCGUCGCUGGCAUCACUAUUGCACGCACAAAACAUUAUCGUCCUCAACUCUGGCUAUCCUGGAUUAUUGUCAUGAUCGCUGCUGGGCUCCUGAGUACACUCCACGCGGAGAGCAGUCGCGCGAGGACCAUCGGAUAUGAGGUCUUCAUCGGUGUCGGGAUCGGUAUUCUGACAACGGGCACCUACUUCCCCGUUCUCGCACCGCUGCCCGUCUCGGAGAACGCACACGCCUUGGCCUUUUUUAUUUUCACCCGCGCAUUUGGCCAGGUUUGGGGUGUCACCAUCGGUGCCGCGGUCCUCCAAAACUACCUCGGGCGUCACCUUCCUGCUGCAUUUGAUGGCGCAUUCCCGCAGGGCACCGAGAUCGCGUAUGCAGCCAUACCACUCAUCAAAACGCUCCCCCCGGAUCUGGCUCAAGCUACGAGGGAAGCAUUUGCCAGUGCUUUGAGCGUUGUUUGGCUGGUGAUGAUUGGAAUUGCCGGCCUGGGCCUUCUGACGAGCCUAUUGAUGAAGCAUCUCACGCUCCACGGGGAGACCAAUGAAAAAUGGGGUGUGGACGACAAAAACAACUCUCCCAUUAGCCCUACUGCUGACUCGGAGAGCGGAGAUGUCGAGUUGAUAUCGUCGGAUAAGCAUUAG